AUGACAAUGAAGUGUUUAAAUCAUCAAAGAUCACACAAAUUCAUUUGUUAUCAAUGUAAUUGUUUGAUGUGUUCAAAAUGUAUUACCAGUCAUAGCAAAGACCAUCCUGAUCAUUUCGAUAAAUUCGAACAUAUCGAUGACAUCACAAAUUCAUUGAGUACAUUAAAAUUAGAUGAUAUUAUUGACACAACAACUAUAACCAAUAAUCAAAUUAAUAAUGAAAUUAAUAGUACUAAUAGUAAUAGUUUCAUUUCACAAAUCAACAAUAAACUUAAAUCAAUAUGGGAAUCAUUAUUAUCAUCGACAUCCAGAUAUCAAAGACUAUCAACAACAGAGAAUGAAAUCAAACAACACUUUGAACAAUUACAUCAAUAUCUAAUCAUUGAAGAACAUAAACUACAAAGAGAUAUUAUCAAUGAUAAACAUACAAUCACAAAUCAAAUCGAUAAUAAUAUAAAUCAUUUGAAAUAUUUAAUAAAUAUUAUCAAUAUAUUUAAUAAAUUAAAUAGUAAUAAUAAUAGUGAUAAUAACAGUAAUGAUAAUAAUAAAAAUGAUACUUGUAGUAAUGAGGAUACUUCAUUGAUAUCAGACACAACAACAUUAUAUUCGACAACAACAAUAAUGGAAUCAAUAACAACAAGUUCAUCAUUACAAUCUUUCAUCAAUCAUAAUAAUCAAACAUUGUUCAAUGAACAUUUUGGUGUAUUUAAUAUUGAUUCACUUCUCAAACAACAUUCCUCAGAUUCAUCAUCAUUAUUAUUAGAUAUCAUUCAUAAAUACAACAAUCGAUUCAAUGAAUCAACAACAAACACAGACAAUAAUAACUUAAGAUUAUCAUCAUAUAAAUUAUCAAUCAAACAACCUGAUUUCAAUCAAUUGAAUUCAAUCAUUGAACAAUCAAUCAAACUUGAUCGAAUUAAAUCAACUGAAUCAAUAAAUACAACAACAAAAACAACAAACAACAAUGAUAAUAAACAAUCUUAUAUUUUUAUAACACACCAAUCAAAAGGAGCAACACUGAUCAACACAUCAAACAACAAUUCAAUUGAAGAAUUACAGUUUAAUUAUCAAUUUUCUUGUACAUACUCCUCGAUUGUUUCAAUUGGUGAAUAUAUCUAUAUAUUCGGUGGAUCAACCAAUGAAAACAAAUGGAUUAAAAUAUCAAUGAAAUCGAAAUCAGCUGAACAUAUUGAUGAUAUCGAAGGAAUCAAAGGUGAUAGUGAUAUAUCAGCUUGUUAUGAUGGUCAAGAUCAUAUCUAUUUGGUGAAUGGUUGGAAUACAAAGAAUAGAAUUGAUCGAUUCAACAUCAAGACAAUGAAAUUUGAAUCAUAUCAUCAAUUACCUGUUGGAUACGAUAGACAAGUAUCAUCAAUGAUCUUCAAAGGUUCAUUAUAUUCAAUAUCGUGGAAUAAAAAUAAGAUGUUUCAAUUCGAUUUGAUAAAUAGAACGAUAACAGAUCAUCAAAUUGACAUUUUGCCAUUCUCAGCAUGUCAUGAUAACAAUGGAAAUUUCUUCAUGUUAGGUACACGAUUCAUCAAAUACAAUGUUGAAACCAAACAAACAAUCAAUCUCAAUGCUGUUCCUCUGACAAAUGCACAGUUUCCAUUUGUAAAGUAUCAUCGAGAAUCACCAACAUCAAGUUAUAUCUAUUCAUUUGGUAUAGAUAAUGAUGAUAAUUUCAAAUAUUCAAUUGAAUCCAACCAAUGUGAACCAUUCUUUAGAGAUAUUAUUAAUCACAAUAGAGCGUGGUGUGCAUCUACUUCAAUUUCAUUAUGA